GUCACGUGAGGCGGAGGCUGCUGCCGUUGACAAUAAACAUGGAGUCAAUCUUCCACGAGCGGCAAGAAGGCUCAUUGUGUGCUCAGCACUGUCUGAAUAAUUUGCUACAAGGGGAAUAUUUCAGUCCUGUUGAGCUAUCCUCUAUUGCACAGCAGUUGGAUGAGGAAGAAAGAAUGAGAAUGGCAGAGGGAGGAGUGUCUAGUGAAGAAUAUAGAACAUUUUUACAGCAGCCUUCUGUAAAUAUGGAUGACAGUGGAUUCUUCUCAAUUCAAGUUAUAAGCAAUGCUUUGAAAGUUUGGGGUUUAGAACUAAUCCUCUUCAACAGCCCAGAGUAUCAGAGGCUUGGGAUCGACCCUAUAAAUGAAAAAUCAUUUAUUUGUAAUUAUAAGGAACACUGGUUUACAGUUCGAAAGUUAGGAAAACAGUGGUUUAACUUGAACUCUCUCUUGAUGGGUCCAGAACUAAUAUCAGAUACAUAUCUUGCACUUUUCUUGGCUCAAUUACAACAGGAAGGUUAUUCCAUAUUUGUAGUAAAAGGUGACCUGCCAGACUGCGAGGCUGAUCAGCUAUUGCAGAUGAUUCGGGUACAGCAGAUGCAGCGACCAAAACUAAUUGGAGAAGAGACAGCACAGUCAAGAGAUCAGAGGCUUCCCAGAAGCGAUGUGGACCAAGCAAUAGAAGUCAACCAUCCUUUUGAUGGAACAGGCAUGUUAGAUGAAGAUGAAGAGAAUUUUCAGAGAGCCCUGGCUCUAAGUAGGCAGGAAAUUGAUAUGGAAGAUGAAGAAGCUGAUCUUCGCAGAGCCAUUCAACUCAGCAUGCAAGGUAGUCGUCGAAGUGAGUUGUUGGACUCAUUACCACAGAGUGUUCCUCAGUUGCCUCACACCAGUCAGACAGACUCCCUUUCUUCAGAAGAACUGCGAAGGAGAAGACAAGCAUAUUUUGAAAAGCAGCAACAACAGCUACAGCAGCAAGAUCGGACCCUGAACCUACAUGAUAAGCCAACUCUAAGCUCAAGCACUCCAGAAGCUGACCCAGGAGGUGAUAUGAGUGAAGAAGACAUGCUUCAAGCAGCCAUGAAUAUGUCUCUGGAAUCUGUUAGAAACCACUUGAAUACAGAAGAGGAGAAAUGAUGUAACUUUUUUUUUUCCCCCCUCUCAUUGGCAAAACACUAAGUCUCCAUUAUAAUUUUACUGUGUGGAUGUUGCACAAGCAGGGUUCAUUUCAGAGUUCUGGAAGCAGGAAUGAAAGGUGGUCUGGAGGUCAGUUUAGAGGGAAUCUGCAAAAACAGAAAAGAUUGCACUAAUUUAGAAAACUGUAGCACUCCUACUACAGAACAUCUGUUCACAGAGUAGCUUUAUUAAAAUUGCUUAAACUAUUCACAUGAACAAAGUUAGACACGCGUAGCAGCUGUAACUUGCAUUUUAAAAGCAAGUUUACGUUGUUUUGAAGAAUAUAGAAUAUACAAAACGUGCCAAAACCCAGCAUCAACUGAUUUCCUUCAGUACUAAUGGAAAAAUAGAUACAAGUAAUAAGUUGUGCUCACAAAUGACUAAGUUUUUGUAAGAAAUCACUUCAAAUGGGAAAAAGAAUUAAAUUCUGUUUAUCUUAGAUAAUAUAUUUUGUGAUUGUUUAUUCUGAAUGACUUAAUGUCAACUUUUCAAUCCUGCUGUCCACUUUUGAAAUGACCCAUUCUGCAGGAGAAACAUGAAUCCAUAAAUUUCUUACUUUGCAACUCAAGAGAAAAUCUUCAGGGUAUUGUUGAUUAUGAUGUUACUUCUGUAUCUUUCAGUGACUUCUGACCUUCUAAUACUUUCUGAUUUUACUUCCAGUUCCAACUGUAUGUUUUAUUUUCUUCAGUCGCAACUAAAAUUUUCAGAUCCAUGUUUAAAGUAGGAUUUUUGCGUUGCCUUAUUGUCAUUUGGCAGGUAACUUGCCUUCUUUGGUUUGUUUUUUUAAUUUGUUUUUGCUUUCUUAUGGUCUUUCUAGUUAUGCCACUAUCUACUAUAAAAGUAGUGUAGAAUUAGUUGGGUUAAAGAGGUUUUCUUUUCUACCUCUUCUGGAGUCUUUUUUCCUCUUCAAGCUCAACCCUUCAUUCUGGCCUUCCAGUAUGAAAGAGCUGUAACUGAGUCUAGGAGAAAGGAGGAGGGGAUUUAGGUGCCAUAAAGUCAGUGCCACACCCAUAAGGUGCAUUCCUGCAGUCUGAAAUGACCCCUGUGCAAGUAGCUCUUUUAAGAAUGAAUAUUUAUGUUUGUGUGGAUGUUCUUUCUGAAAUGCUUUUUAUGAGUGUCUGUCAGAAUGUUGCAGCUUUUCCAGGAAUGGCCUUUUAUUCACGCACCUUACGAUUUUUUAUCAUGCUGUUUCUGAUCCUGAGAAAAAUUGGGGAGCAAAGUAUGUGAGAUAGCUUAUGCUAUUGGUUGUAAGACAUUUGCUUUGGUAUCCAGGAUGAAUGUGUAACAGGGUGACCAAACCUGACUUUCAGCUUCAGUGCAACAAUUGAGAGAUGUUUCAUUUUCCUAAAUGGUGCUUGAAAUACAAAUUCUGUUUACAUAUAAAUUAUAUGGAAAUAUGUUGUAGAUAGAGUAUGUAAGCUGUAGUCCACUUAAUGCAUUAACAGUUAGCACAGGCAUUCUAAGGAUCUUUUGAAGAGAACCCCAAAUUUCUUUAUCAAAAUAUUCUAAAGUUAUAUCAUUGCACAAUAGUAACAUUUAAUUAAAAUUAGUGUGAAAUGAAUGGUAGCUAGAUGGAAAUACACAUUCAGCAUCAAGUAGUACUGUACACGAAAGGGCUCUUACCUCUCAGUAAAGAUUUGUUUACAGCAAUGGUUUCUUGAUAGCUUAGGAUAUUAUUAUAUUAUACAUAAUUGGGCUAAAUUCUGUUUCCCUUACCUGUGUGCUGAAUUUCCACCAGAACUACUGGUAUGUGUAAGACAAUGUGGAUUUUGACAUGAGACAGCACUACUUUUUAAAACCUGAUUUUAAAUUUUGUCUUUUUUAAAUAAUUCUGUCACGCAUAUUAAUUAUAAUAUCUGUAAUGUCUCAAAUUAAUACAGCUAAACAAUGGCUUUAAAAGUCUGUGUGUGCGUAUGCCAUUUUGAAAUACUAUAUUUUUCAGGAUGUAAACUUCUGCUUUCAGUUUAAAAUUUAUAUGAAACUGAAGACAGGAAAGGAAUCUCUAAAGCACUGAAUUAUUUCUUUGCUCAUCUAUAAGUUAUCCACAGCUUUAAUUUCCCUUCUUUUGUUGUGCCAUAAACUGAUUCUGAAAUAAGACUCUGAAUUUUAUAAAUAGCUAUAGGCUGGCAAUUUGAUACCAGUACUUGGAACUUGGACAUUUUAUCCUCUAUUAUAAGAAUAUAAUAAGAAUGUAUUAUUUUCUAUAGCUAUAUAGUGUAGCAGCCCUAUAUUAAAGAAAAAAAAAAA